UUGCAUUGAACUUCGUCGACGAUGGAGGAUUUCAUAGCCGAAGUGCACAAAAGAGAAUUUUUGUGGAAUAAGAAGAAUAUACCUAUUGGCGAACAAAAAAGAAUUACGGACAAACUAUGGCGAGAAGUAGCGGCCGCGUGUGGUAUAUCAAAGACAGCAGCCAAAACUCGAUGGCGAAGUAUACGUGAUCAAUUUCUUAAAGAGAUAAAGAAGGUGCCAGUAUACAGCUCCGGUGAAUCCUAUUACAUCGAGGAAAGUAAGAAACCGAGAUAUACUCAUUUCAAUAAUUUAAUCUUCCUACUGGAUACACACGCGCCAAGACAAACAGUUAUUGAUAUUAAGCCAGACUCCAUAAUUGAUAUUCGCUCUACCGAGUCUGGUAAUUCGGGCACUGAAUGUGAAUGUGUGAAAAAUGUAGCUGAAGAUUUUCCACCUACGCUCCCAGAACCACAGCCUCAAAAUUUUUCCCCACCCAGGAGCACGGACAAUAUUUUUACAAGCAUUAGAAAGGUGUACACACUGGAGGAAGAUCUGGAUCCUAAUUUGUGUGAUGUAAUAUGGAAACAAAGCUCUGAUGCAUUUGACUUCGAAGAAAGCAAAAAUAAAAUCGAUGAUGGUGUUCCGCCUCUAGUAAUGAUAAGGCCUCAACCACCAGAUCCAACCUAUACUGGCGGCAAACGAGCUUAUCCUCAAGAGUACGAUGAUAAAGCGGAUGUCUCAUACUUGAAGAAUAAUUACUACAACUUCCCAGACAAAAGAGUAGAACUUGAACUAGAAAAUCAAACAGAGCCUGAAAACUGCACUGACGAAAAUUUAUUAUUUCUGCGGUCACUUUUGCCUUAUAUAGAUAAGAUGGACCCAAUGCAGCAGUUACGACUGCGCAUGCGGUUUCAGGAAAUAAUGCUUGAAGAACUGGGAGGAACAUAACUUUGAGGCUUGAGGUGAUGUUCUACUGCGCGCAGUUAAUAUUUUGCUAGUGAAGUAUACUAAGUAAUUCCAUUUACUAAUGAUAUUGCAUUUCAUUUUAUGAAAUAUUGU